GACUCUGCGCAGGCGCGGAAGCUGGCGGCUGCGCAUAAGUCGCCGCAGCGAGCGCGCGGCUGGGGGAGGGGUCCAAGGAGGUUGGCGGUUGGCGGGUAGGUAGCGAGCCGGCGCGCGGGGAAGGAGCUGGCCGGUUAGACGGCUUCAGGAGAAGGAGAGAGGCGGCGUGAGGAGUGGAGCCCGGCGGCACCAUGGUGGAGAAGGAGGAGGUGGGCACCAUCAGCGAGGAGGAGGCGGCUCAAUACGACCGGCAGAUCCGCUUGUGGGGGCUGGAGGCACAGAAGCGGUUGCGGGCCUCCCGGGUGCUUCUUGUUGGAAUGAAAGGUUUGGGGGCAGAAGUUGCGAAGAAUCUCAUUUUAGCAGGUGUGAAAGGACUCACCAUGAUGGACCAUCAGAAGGUAUCUCCAGAAGACACUAGUGCUCAGUUCUUAAUUCCUACUACUGGAUCCUCUGGCCGGAACCGGGCAGAAGCCUCUUUGGAACGAGCACAGAAUCUUAAUCCCAUGGUGGACGUGAAGGUGGACACAGACAAUAUAGAAAAUAAGCCUGAGACUUUCUUCACACAAUUUGAUGCUGUAUGUCUGACUUGCUGUUCCAGGGAUGUCUUAGUUAAAAUCGACCAAAUCUGUUAUAAAAACAGCAUCAAGUUCUUUACUGGUGAUGUUUUUGGCUACCACGGAUACAUGUUUGCUAAUCUGGGAGAGCAUGAGUUUGUAGAGGAGAAAACCAAAGUCCCCAAAGUCAGCCCAGGAGUGGAAGAUGGACCUGACACUAAGAAGGCAAAGUUGGAGGCCACAGAAACGACAAUGGUCAAAAAGAAAGUGGUUUUCUGUCCAUUCAAGGAGGCUCUGGAGGUGGACUGGAGCAGUGACAAGGCCAAGGCAGCCCUCAGACGGACCACUUGCGAUUACUUUCUGCUCCAAGUGCUCCUGAAAUUCCGAACAGAUAAAGGGAGGGACCCUCAGUCGGAUACUUAUGGUGAGGAUUCUGAGUUGUUGCUUCAGAUCCGAAAUGACCUGCUGGAGUCCCUGGGGGUGAACCCUGAUCUACUUCCUGAUGACUUUGUCAGCUGCUGCUUCUCCGAGAUGGCUCCAGUUUGUGCAGUUGUUGGCGGAGUGUUGGGACAGGAAGUUGUCAAGGCCCUGUCUCAGAGGGACCCUCCUCACAACAAUUUCUUCUUUUUCGAUGGCAUUAAGGGAAAUGGGAUCGUUGAAUGCCUUGGUCCAAAAUAAAAGCAAGCCUUGGGCCCCUGGAUGAUGACCUGCAGCCUGCCGUGGAAGUCCAGGCGCAGCCCCCACCCCAGUGCCCCAAAGAGAAGAGCCUGUAACAUUGGGAUUCAGCAGGUGUGCUGCUUGCAGUCAUUAACAGAUGCUGGUCGAUGCAAGGGGAUUGGAGAUUGACUGUUAGCAUCUCAGCAUGAAUCCAGCCCACGUUUGUCCUCCCUGGGCAGAGGGCACUGACCCCAGCCAUCCUCCCAGGCCCAUCCCAACUAGGCUUUCUUCCUUUGUUAUAUUCCUUGGGAUGCUCCUCUGGGAAGGGCAGGAUGGUCCUUCCUGGGAGCUUCUCACCACCCUCUCCUCUCUCCCUCCCCCCCACCAUGCCCCAAAGUCAUGGCCAGAGCACUCUGACUUCUGGUGGGGAAUAAGGCUGGGCCAGGGUGAACAAAGGUUCCGGAUUUAGGCAGGUGCCCUUGGGCGGGGCACGGGAAGGGAGGGUGCCAAGGCCUGGCACAGGACUUGGCAUUUCAUUUUAGAAUCCCUUUGUUAGAGUCCAAUUUGAAUUGGGGCUUAUUCCUGGUUUCUCUUAAGAGUUAGUCACCCAGUGAGUAGGACAUCACUCUACUCUUUGGCUUCCUAAAGGGAUUUCAGCCCUUUAAUCAUUGUGACUGACUAACAAUUGCAGGCAUUUUGAGGAAAAUCUUUGAAUUUAAAAGUCACCCCUUAGAAAGGCCAGCCCAGUGCCUGCUACUGAAGGCAGUAUUCUGUAAUCUGGCAGAAUCAUUCACAUGGCCUCUUUAGACAGGAGUUUCUUGCAUUUUUAUGGCAGGGGGGAUGUUUUUUUUUUAAUAAUGCUUUCUUUUGGCCGUCUUAGAAUGGCAGCUGUUGUGUUUUACAUGUUUUCUAUAUUUUCCUGGAUUCUGAAAAACAUAAUAAAAUAAAGUUGGUUGCUUC